UGAGGUUGCUGGGAGCGCUUCCUGACCUCCCAGCCCCCUAGUCAGCCAGGACGAAGAAGGAGGGAAAGGAGGAGAACUACUGGGGCAAGAGCCUGCGUGGCCCGGGCUCACUGGAAGAGCAACAGCCGCAGCAGCAGUGAGGUAGGCGGAGGGGGCAUCAGGAACUCGCGAAGCAGACCCGGGAAGCGCGCGCUGCCCAGGACCCGCGGCGGCUUCGGGGCGGCGGUGGCCGCUGCUGCUGCUGUUGUUGUUUCUGUGCUGCGGCGAUGUUUCACUGCAUCCCCCUGUGGCGGUGUAACCGUCAUGUGGAAACCAUCGAUAAGCGCCACUGCUCCCUGGUCUACGUCCCGGAGGAGAUCUACCGCUACACCCGCAGUCUGGAGGAGCUGCUCUUAGACGCCAACCAACUCCGCGAGCUGCCCGAGCAAUUUUUUCAGCUAGUAAAGUUACGGAAACUUGGACUUAGUGAUAAUGAAAUUCAGCGGCUCCCUCCAGAAAUCGCUAACUUCAUGCAGUUGGUAGAGCUGGAUGUGUCUCGAAAUGAUAUUCCUGAAAUUCCAGAAAGCAUUUCAUUCUGCAAAGCACUUCAGAGAGCUGACUUUAGUGGAAAUCCAUUGACUAGGUUACCAGAAAGCUUUCCUGAAUUACAGAAUCUAACGUGUCUUUCUGUAAAUGACAUCUCACUCCAGUCGCUACCUGAAAACAUUGGCAACCUUUAUAACCUGGCUUCAUUGGAACUAAGAGAGAAUCUACUUACGUAUUUGCCUGAAUCUCUCACCCAGCUACAGAGACUAAAGGAGCUUGACUUAGGAAACAAUGAAAUCUACAAUUUGCCAGAAACAAUUGGAGCACUCCUACACCUUGAGGAUCUCUGGUUGGAUGGAAAUCAGCUGGCUGAGUUGCCUCAGGAAAUAGGAAACUUGAAAAACCUGCUCUGCUUGGAUGUCUCGGAAAAUAAGCUGGAAAGACUUCCUGACGAGAUCAGCGGCCUAGCUUCCAUAACAGAUUUAGUCAUUUCUCAGAAUUUACUGGAUGUUCUUCCUGAUGGCAUAGGAAAGUUAAAGAAACUGUCCAUCUUAAAGGCUGAUCAGAAUAGACUCGUGCAGCUAACGGAAGCAAUUGGAGAAUGCGAAAGCCUCACUGAGCUUGUUCUGACUGAAAACCAGCUUCUGACAUUGCCCAAAAGUAUUGGAAAACUAAAGAAGUUGAGCAACUUGAAUGCGGACAGAAACAAAUUAGUGUCUUUACCAAAAGAGAUCGGUGGGUGUUGCAGUCUCACUGUAUUCUCUGUGCGUGACAACAGAUUAACCCGAAUACCCUCAGAAGUUUCACAAGCAAGUGAACUUCAUGUCCUAGAUGUCGCUGGAAAUAGAUUACUGCAUCUGCCGUUAUCCCUGACUAACUUGAAGUUGAAGGCUUUGUGGCUGUCUGACAACCAAUCCCAGCCCCUGCUUACGUUCCAGACAGACACAGAUCAUGAAACGGGAGAAAAGAUUCUAACUUGUGUUUUGCUUCCUCAACUGCCUUCUGAACCUAGUUGCCAAGAGAACUUGCCCCGCUGUGGGGCACUGGAAAGCUUAGUCAAUGAAAUGUCAGAUGAAACGUGGAAUGAACGGGCAGUCAACAGAGUCAGUGCAAUCCGAUUUUUAGAAGACGAAAGAGAUGAAGAGGAUAAUGAAAUGAGAACACUCCUAAGGCGAGCUACUCCACACCCAGGAGAGUUAAAGAGUAUGAAAAAGACAGUGGAGAAUUUACGGAAUGAUAUGAAUGCUGCUAAAGGACUGGAUUCGAACAAAAAUGAGGUCAAUAAUACCUUUGACAGAGUGACCACUUCUGUGUAGAGCUUCACCUCCAAGUUUUUACCUCCUGUGUCUUCCCCUGCUGUUGAAAUGGUCCUGUCUUCCGAGGAAUUCAUCCAGCCCUUUGUCUUAACCAGAUCCUGACCCAUCAUCUCCUGGUACCGCCUGUUGGACGGUGCUGCUGUCUCGAAGGAAGUGCCUUAUACUAACUAGUUGUGGCACCAGUAAUCUCCAGAUAAUAUAUUUUUAAUGGAUUUUUGGUCACUUUUAAUGAGUAGAGUACACUACUGUACAACUUCACUUGUCAUUGUCCUAUAUUGGGAGAAGAAGGGAUUUUCAUCCUCUCCCCUCCAGUGCUGGGAUAUUCUAGACCCAGGUACACUUGGACCUACUGAUGAGAGAUAUAGUUUUAUGUGAAAAAAAAAACUUUUUUAAACAUUUUUUGGCAGCUCAGAUGGUGUAAAUUUUAAAAUUUUGUAUAGGCAUUUCAUAAGAAAAUUAUGUUUUUUUUGUUGUUGUUGUUUUAUCUAGAAAACGGUACAUACUUUACUAUUUGUUGGGGAAAAAGACAGUCCUGAAGUAUUCAUUUGUAUUUGUAACACCCAGUUGUGCCUUACUGUGUGUCCUGUCGUAUGUCAGACUAGUCCUAAACAAUGGCAUCCCUAGGCAGUGAGAUUAGGCUAGGGGGAUGUGCUUUUUUAGCCACGUGUGUCUUAAAUUAGCAAUCAACUUGGGUUAUUGUUGUUGUUUUUUUUAAAUCAACAGGAGGGUAGGGAACUAUCAAGAGGGACUCUUGAAUUGUACAUGAUAUCUGUUUGAUUGCCUGAGAGAUGAACCCACAGGACUAAGCUUCUUCUCUAUGAUUACUUACACUUUAAAAUUUUACAUGAAGACAGUGUCUUAAUUGUUCUAAUGCAGUGGGUUUGCUCCCACUGGUGAAGUUUGUACCAUUUGUGAAAAAGAGAAUCAAACAGGAAGCACAGUAGGAAACUGGUUCAGAGUAGGGAGAACAAGUAAAUGUACCACAGAGGAAAGUAUGAUGCUAUUGAAAAUGGCGUUAGAGGUUUUAUAUCUAGAUAUAAAACCAUAAUAAAGCAGAAACCUUAUAAAUAUAUAAGAGCAACAUUGGGUCAUUAUGAGUGCAAUUUAAUUUGAAAAUUGAGUUUGUUGAGAAGGGUAACAAAAUGCUACAAAAGAUGUUGAAUAAAAUAGCCGGUUGUGUUUUGAGGCAGGCAGAGGUAGGGAAGGUGUGUGUGUGUGUGUGUGUGUGUGUGUGUGUGCGUGCAUGUUUGUAUGUGUGUGUAUAUGUGUGUAUGCUUUUUUUGUCAGUUAUUUUCUACAAUAGGUGUAAAGGUGAUGAAUAUUUUGGCCGCAACAAUUGUAAAAUGGCUUAUAACAAGAGGUUGUGAUAUACAUCAUUCACCUUGAUGAAAUCAUAGCCUUUUGGAAGUAUUGAAGGGUGUGUUAUUUUGGGGGGAUGGGCAAAUAAUAUGGACUAAAAUUAAGGUGAAAAUGAAUGUUGCAAAUUGCUAAAAGAGGUCAGUGGAAUCAAAUCAUCUCACUAAUGAAGUCAACUCACCCUGGACAAUGACACCCAUCUUGUGUGAAUGUAUCAAGGAGUGUUUUUUAGUGGGUGGCAGUUUUCUCACAGAACAUUUAUUUGGUUUGUUCUUAUAAAAAGCCAUUUUCACUACCUAAGGUGCAUGUGGUUUGGAGUUAGGCACCUUUGGGAGUUGUAUUAUUACUCUCAGGCAGUCAGGUCAGCAUUUAAUGCUCACAUUAAUACACAGUCUCUGGGUGGUAGGGGCAUGUGACUUCAGCUUUCUAUUGGACUAACUGACCCAUGUGGAUUCUAAUCUUGGAUUCUUUAACAAUCUUGUUCCAACUAAUCAGAUGAAAUAAUAAUUUUCCUUUACCAUAAAUUUCCUUAUUAUUUAAUCUGCCUUUAUAAAGGUCUUUAAAAAAAACAACUAGGUAUUUAUUGAAUUUCAUGUACUCUGGCAAAGAAGUUAUAGGCCAUUUCUGCACCCCAUUCUUGGAAAAGGUUUGGUGUGUCUAUAGUGCUUUGUACAAUGUCAUCCUCUACUUUUUUCCACUUUUGCUUCCAGUGGAUGAAUAGAAAUUAUUGGUCAGAUGCAAGUGGACAGUUUGUAUUUUGGUGUAUGUGGUUUAAAAUUUGUAAGAAUGAUAUCAUGAGCAUGUUGUUUUUCAUCAGCUGAUCAAUUUAUUUAAAAAGAAAAAUCAUUUUGAUUCCAAAGCUAUUUUGUUUGUUUU